AUGGAGGAUGCACUAACUCACUUACGGGAGCUGUUUCCCAAGGUGGACGUCAGGCUUCUGAAGGCGGCGAUUCGCGAGCAUGGCACGUCGCCGGAAGCCAUGGACGAGGUGGUUCAGUACCUCAUGGACGAAGCGCUUUCGGAUUCCUCGUCUUCCGACGGAGAAAUUUCGGACAAGGAGGACGAUGUCGAGAAUAUCAAUACGGAUUCUGCCGGGUUUGCACCAUUAGGGGUUACUGAUAGACACGAAUCUUCGUCCCCCAUUGACGCGAAGUCUUUUGACGAGACCGCCGAUAACGAGGAUCCAUCUGGCGAAGCCGUUAACGAGGAGUCUUUUUUUGAAGCCGAGGAGAAUCUCCCCGCGUCAAGAGCUUCUCUGCAAGACUCAGCGGCUUCCAGCGACGAUAGGAUCAUCCUCGGCUUGUCGGAAAUACCGGUGAUGACAGUUCUGCCAGCGUCCUCAAACUUGUACAGUGAAAAUAGUGUCGGUGAGGAGGGAGAGAAACACGAUGAGCAGGACCUUUCCGCCCUCGUCGCUACUGGCCAAGGCCCAGACAACAUCAGCACCAUCGGCACCAUCGAUACCACCAGCACCAUCGAUACUACCGGCACCAUCGGCGCCACUGGCGAAAGAUCAGCAGACUCGUUAGAAGCACCUCUGACGGCUUCUUCCGAUAGCGAAGAUUUUGGAGAACUCAUGGCGGGAAGUGCACCGCCGUUGGAUGCGACGCUGGAAGAAUCUGUGGACGGCGCAGAUCUGGUUUAUGAGAAUCUGAAAGAAGACGCUAUUAACGGUGAUAAGGCUGAUGGUGGCCAAGUCGAGGGUGACUCUAUCGAGGGUGCUGAUGCUGACGUACGCGAGGCUGGAGUUGUGAUUAAAGCGGGGGCGAAAUUGUUUGCGGAUGCUGCUGAUGCGGCCGGCGCUUCUGGUUCUACUGAUGGGACCGAAGAGGAAGAGGAGAAAGCGGAGGUGGAGAAAGCGGUCGUUGUGAAUGAACCCGAGGGUGAACCGGAGAGUGAACCGGAGAGUGAACCCCAACAGGCGGACGGAGAGAACAAGGGCGGUGCUGGGGUGGGUCGAGAAGAGAUUCAGGGCGAGCCCGAGCAGGCCACGCACAAAGCAGAACCUGUAAUGGAGAAAGGGGAGGAGAGGGACGAGGCUGUAGCUGUGCAAGAGGAGAGCAAGGGAGAGGAGGUCAGGAUGCAGGAAGUUUUUAAGGAAGGAGAGGAAGCAACGGAGGGAAAGCAAGAGAAACGAGCGGAUGAGCGCGAGAAAGAAGUGAAAGAUGAGGGGCAAAAGGAGCGGGAAGAGGAGGAGGAAGAGUGCGAGCAUGUGGAGGUGCCAGAGAGUCUAGUGAACAGCUGGAGUCGUUCCUUCGUGGAGGUCGAAGUCAGCACCAUUGCCCACCACGUGGCCUCCACGAGGGACGCCAAAUCCCGCCUCGACGCCCAGCUAGCAUCCGUUCAGACGCUCCUCUCGGAGGUGGAGCGCGCCGAGCAGCAGGCAGCCGCAGCUGAAACCGCUCUGUCCCAUGCUGGCGAGGCUGACGUUGCCGAAGCUGAGAACGUGCUUCGGCACGUGGUUCGGUCGCAGCAGGCGCUGGAGAUCCGCGCGGCGCAGGUGUUUGGGCACCGGGCACAGCUGCAGGAGGAUUCGCAGGGGCUUAAAGCCCGGGUCGAGGCGAUUCAGGGUCAAUUCGCGGACGUGGAGAGGCAGGUGGAGGAGUUGAGAGUGGUGCUGGAGGGUAGGCUGGAGCGAGCUAGGGAGAGGAUUGGCGAGUUGGAGAAGAGGAGGAGGGAGAGGGAGGAGGCAGGGAGGAGGAAACUGGAAGGGGCGGAGAGGGAUAUGGGGCAGGUGUUGGGGGAGGUGCCGGGUUUGGAGAGGCAGGAGCGGGCGUGUGCUGAGCUGGCGGACGCGCUGGUGGCACGUCACCACGAGGCUGACGUGUUGGAGGGACAGCUGGCAGUGUUGCGAGAGGAUCUGGCGGCGCUGGUGAGGGGCGUGGGGCGGCUGCCUGGGCUGCCUGGGGAGGCCGCAGAAGACAUGGGAUACUCGUUCUUGAGUGAAGAAGGAAAGGAAGGCGGUGAAGUCCAGGAGCAGGAAUCUUAUCAUUCUCUGCACGAGGUUCUCACACAAGCAUCAGCAGCAGCAGCAACAGCAGCGUCUGCACCUGAUGCCAUUCUGCCUGCCGUACAAGCCGCUCCCGUCACAGAUCUCACAGCUGAAGACCCGAGUAACCUUGUUGCAGGAUUAUUGGGGUUGACCAACGCCUCUAGCCCUGCUUCCGUGGGUGACUUGAAUGCAGCAGCUGCUGCAACAUCUAUUGCUGGUGCUCUUCCUGGCGCUGGCGCUGCUGGUGCUGCCGCUCUGUACUCGGAGCUGUGCAGUGCCCAAAACAUCGGCGCGUCCUCUGCUACCACCACCGCCGCUGCUGCUGCUGCUGCUGCUGCUGAGGUCAACGCCCCUCCUGGUGACUCUUCCUUCAGCAAUGCCACUGCUGCUGCUGCUAUUGAAAGCACUUUCGCCCUCCCCACGCCGUCUGCCUUCGAAGACGAGGAGCAGUUUGAGGCCAAGAUGCGGGAAAUGUCUAGCAUGCUCAAGGAAACCGUCCCUGUCGCCCGCUCCCGGUUCCACCAGCAGCAGCAGCAGCAGCCCCAGCAGCAGGUAGGUGUGGGAAGCGGAUUGGCUGAGAGCAACAUUGGAGUGGAAGGGGUGACGAUGAUUGAAGACGGUGACUGGAGCGUGCUGGAGACUUCUGACCUCCUCACGGAAUCAGGCCUGGGUGGGGCGUCAGGACUAUGUGCGGCUGGUAAUGGGGCUGGUUAUGGGGUUGGUGGGGUGUUGGGAGGGGCGGAUGAUGAGGCACGGUGGUCGGGGCACAGCUCGUUCAGUGUGCAUGCUGGGAGCACUCCCCGGGCCAGGGAGGGCGGGGUUGUGAGAGGUGAGAGCGGCGAGAUCAGUGAGGUGAUGGAGCGAUACUUUGGCAGUAGUGAGUAG